GAGAAAAUCAUCCGCAAUGCCCAGGAACAAGGCCAGGCCACCGGCCCACACAUCAUCACCAAGAGAAGGCAGCGAGCGAGAGGUCGGGGCAGCCGCCUGCCUCAUCAAUCACUCAAACUGCGCAGCGCCGUCGUCGUAGAUGGGGCGUCUUCCGAGCAGCGGUGGCCCGGCGUUUCGGUUCCUGCCGGCGGAGGUGGCGGAGAUGGAAGCGCGCCUGCAGCAACUCAACAACGGCAUCCCCACCCGCGCCGUCCUCCAGACCCUCGCCGACAUGUUCUCCGCGUCGCCCGAACGCGCCGGCAAGGUCGCCAUCCAGCCCAAGCAGGUGUGGAACUGGUUCCAGAACCGCCGCUACUCGCACCGGGCCAAGACAACCAGGGUCGCGCCGCCGCCGGCCAAGAUGACGCCCUCGGGGGCCGACCACCAACAACACGCGGCCUCCUCGGCCGCCUUCAGGGCGGCUCAACCCUCUACCGCCGCCGCGCACCCUGGCUCCUCCCCCUCCUCAGGGAAGAAUUCUAUGGAGGGUAGCCAGGUCGAGUUUGAAGCCAAGUCAGCUAGAGAUGGCGCAUGGUAUGAUGUUGCUGCCUUUUUGUCACAUAGGCUGUUUGAAUCAGGUGAACCGGAAGUACGUGUUCGGUUUUCUGGAUUUGGAGCAGAGGAAGAUGAAUGGAUCAAUGUUCGUAAAUGUGUGCGACAGCGUUCUCUACCAUGCGAGGCCACAGAAUGUGUUGCAGUGCUUCCUGGGGACCUCAUUCUUUGUUUUCAGGAAGGUAAAGAACAGGCUCUCUAUUUUGAUGCCCGUGUCCUCGAUGCUCAAAGGAGAAGGCAUGAUGUAAGAGGAUGCCGUUGUAGAUUUCUUGUUCGCUAUGAUCAUGAUUUUUCUGAGGAAAUUGUUCCACUGAGGAAGGUCUGCCGCCGACCAGAAACGGAUUACAGGCUUCAGAUUUUGCAUGCUGCUAGAGCGGCAGCCUCCACAGAUGUUCACACUCCACCAAAAGAGGUUAAAAUGGAGUGGACAGCCACAGAGAAGAGCCCAGCUGAACAGAAAACCCCAAAGCCACACAAGAUGAUGGAUGUGAACACCGAUGAGGUGACCACGGUUUCUAGCUCGAACCAAGAGGCAGCAGGCAAGACUGCAGCCCCCUUACCAUCGGCGCCACCAGAAAACGGUUCACGUUCAGAUGUAGCGACAAAGGAUGCGGAGGCUGCACCGGUGGUCGCAGUUGAUGAUGAAACACAAGUAGUGGACAAGAUGAAAGAGGGGGAGUAGUUCGUUUUCCUUGUGCAAUGUGCAUUACAUCGACUUGAUGGCUAUCGUACAAAUUUGUUGAAUUUAGGAUCUCUUUAUAGCUGAAUGUAUACCAUCUGGCGUCAUGGUGGCUUCUGCAGAUUGCUCCUGAAGGGAAGCAUUAACUGUUUCAAAAGUAACCCUUUAGGGCAAGGAAUUCGAUCAGAGAUGCAAAACCCAGGAGUGUCUCA